GCUAUACCAGUUAUGAAAGCUGUGCAAGUGAAGGCAGCAUGUCCUCCAGCUUCUUGAUGCUAUUGUAGGUUAUAUUGUUUUUUUUUUAUAGAAAAGAACUAGUAGAUGUAGUAAAAACUGUAGAGGUGUUACGGCGACCUGCUUGCUAUUCUACAGGAAAAAAGGCAAAAACCACAGCAGUUGUUCAGUUUUUGCAUGUAUUUAUGCUAGGCGACGUUAGCUUAGGCCUAGCAGGUAGCUAACGUGACAUUUCACAGGUUCGUUGGAAAACUUCUCAGAUGACACAGGCUUUUAAGUGUACUUCACCAGUGGUUGAGUAAGUCCUUAACUCAGAAUGCACCCUGACCUGUCACCUCACCUGCACACGGAUGAGUGUAACGAACUCAUAACUCAGCUGAGGCAGUGCCACACGGAGCACAACGUUAUGAAGUUCUUCGGCAAGUGCAACGACGUGGACCGUGCUAUGCGCAACUGCCUGAAGAAGGAGAGACUGGAAAAGCGGGAGCGCAGCAAGCAGCACGCAAAAGAGAUGAAAAGGAGGCUGAAAGAAGGGUCCAAGGGGCAUCUCUAAAGGACACUGUGCUGUAACUUUGCCACUGGCACUGCGAGUUAAAACAUACUGGGACACUGUGGAACAGGCUUUAUUUGCUGUUUUUGUUGAAAGACAAAGAGCUACACUCUUCCUUGUAGCAUUUGCAGGUCUAAGUAUCAUGUAGUAAUGCACGUCACGUUGUGCAAGAUGGCGUCGUUACUAUAUAUUAUUGCUUAUUACUAAUAUAUUCAGAGUUGACAGAAAGAUAAGUAAGAAUUCAAGUUAUUUAUCUGCUGGGAUCAUACACCAGCAAUGACAACCCUGAAAACACAGUUGGGACCUUUCAAUCAUCUGCACAGGCUGAAACUUGCAGUGUUGGCAAAGCAUUUAGGUCAGCAUAACAACAACAGCAGGUAGUACUUAGGAUUAAAGAUUGCUUUUGGGUAUCAUCAGUCAUUUGCCCUCUAUUAGCCGUACACUGCAGCUCCAUCAAAGAGAUUAGUGUAGCUUUCAGCCAACCAUUGUGUCUGUUUGCAGGACCCCUCAGGAAUAUUCUGGUACCUGGAAACAAGGGGGGGUGGGGGGGGACUCACAAUGUUAACGCUCAUGUACACAGCCACUGGUUUUUGUUUGAAAGUGUGUUUGAACAGGGAAUCAUAUUGAUUCAAGAUUUAUCCUUUUCAAAUAAAGUGAGUUUUCAGUUCA